GUCAAGUUGUCAGACGUCACUUGCGGUGCAGCUGUGAGCCAUUGUCAUUUUUGUUGUAGCUAAAUUCGCCGCAUGCGAACAAAAACUAAUAUUUACAAUAAACUACUUGAUCAAUAACACAACAUUUGAAUUAAACUCCUCCAACAAACUAUAAAAAUGGUUCGUGUAAUAACUCAAGAGACAUACGAUGAAGUUGUUAAGGAAAACAUCGACGAGUUUGAGAUGACACCUGAAGAAGCAAUAAAGGAGGCCGUAGCUCAAUUUGAAGCACAGGGAGUAGAUCUAUCAAACAUAAUAAAAGACCUGGCUCUUGGUUCCGGAGACAACCAUGUGGUUACGGAGAAUGUUGAGAAGCUGAAGGAACUGUGCAGCGGUAACAAAUAUGAUCAUGAUGCUGUUUUGAAGGAAUUGAGUGUUUUAAAGGCAGAAUGUGAAAAGGACAUAGCCCGUAGAGUCCGAGCCGGCAAGGAAGGUGCAUACAAAGUACUGUUAGACCUCCUAUACUCCAAGUACAGUAAAAUAUUUGAAGAAAUGAGUGACCGUGAUGCCAAGUUCAUUAUUACGGUACUGGAAACGAUGACUGCAUUGAUGGAAAUGCAACCUGAUUUGCUGGAUAGUAAGGGUGUGGAUUUGAUUAAGAAUUUACUGGAUAAUGUAGAAAACGAAGAUAUUUUGGUAGCUACAUUGAAAUGGACUACAACAUGCUGUGUCAAGCAUGAGAUGAACAGACAGAAACUAUUUGCUAAGAACAUCGCUGAGAAUCUCAAAUUGUUGCUCAAAGUCACUGGGAAUUAUAAGUUAUUAAGUGAGACACUACAAGUGAUCAGAAAGCUGACGCUAGACGACGAUGUUCGCGUCGAGUUCGGUAAGGCACACGACCACGCCAAGGAGUUGGGAGCGCAGAUGUUGGAACCUCUCACUAAUUUGUUGAAAGAGAACACAAAGCCCCCGCUAGUAUCGGAGCUGAUGCUGACUAUAGCGAGCCUCCUGGUGCGACACGAGCUGUGCAAGAUGGUGGCAGACUGCGGGGUCGAUGUCCUGUUCACGGUGCUCGCUGAUAACUAUGAUAAUGUUACUGUGGUGCAACAGGCUGAUAAAUUAAUAACAGCGUUAGCAGGACACGACGAUGUGAAAAGGGAUCUAGUGAAAAGUGGUAUUGUACCCGUUGUAGUCUCCAUACUUUCUAGGCAUUCGAGUAACGCCAACGCAACAGCGUUAACACUGAAGUGUGUAGCGGCGCUGUGUCUCCGCGAGCCGACGCACGGACGACAGUUCAUAGACAGCGGCGCGCCAGACGUCAUCAUCGAGUGCAUGAAGGUGCAUCCCGAUAAUGCUAGUGUACAGAAAAACGCCUGCUGGGCCAUUCGCAACAUGGUAGCGAGAUGUCGCGACCAGAACGUCAAAUUUCACGAGUUGGGUGUCGAAGCUAUAUUAAACGCGGCUUACGAUAAAUUCGCCAGCGAUUUCGGCUUCGAUAUCAAGUCCGCUUUAAGGGAUUUGGAGUGUGAUGUGAAGUUGGAUGAGCAAUGGACCGGCCAAGGAGUGCAGUUGGAGCAUUGAUAGAUAUUGUAUGUGGUGGACAGUCUUUUCAAAAAGAUUAUAUCACAUAUCGUCGCCCUCUCCGCUAACUGUCGUAUCUGCACUGACAUUAAAUAGAUACCUUAGGGCUUUAGGGCGACUACAAAAUUAAAGAAUAAGCCAAGACCUAUAUAAAAAACUUUUUAAUUCAUUGAUAAAGCCACAAA